AUGGCUACAAACGUGUCCUUCAAGGACAGAAAAUUAAUAGCGGUUAUUGGAGACGAGGACUCUAUCACAGGUCUUUUGUUAGCAGGAGUGGGUCACAUUAAUGAGCAUCAGAAGAAGAAUUUCCUCGUAGUCGACACUAAGACGCAGAUAUCGACUAUUGAGUCUACCUUUCAAGAAUUUACGGAGCGAAAGGAUAUUGCAAUUCUCUUGAUUAACCAACAUAUAGCAGAGAAGAUUCGGCCUAGUGUCGACAAAUAUCAGCAAGCGUUCCCAGCACUGCUCGAAAUACCCUCCAAAGAUCACCCCUAUGAUCCUUCCAAAGACUCUGUACUAAAACGCGUACAGAAGCUUUUUGGCGAGUAA